AUGCACACUACAACCCAGUCCCCCCACACCCCUACCAGGAAACGCACACGGUCCAACUCUACUGCAGGCCCUUCACGCAAGAAGCAGUGCUCCAAUGAGCGACAAGCUUGCCCAUCUCUGCAGGAAAGUCCUAUCAAGGCCUCAGCGCCUGUGUGUAACCUCGAGAAGAUACUUCGCCGGCUCGCCCAGGGCGUCGAUGUCGCCACUGUCCAAAAUCUGAAGAAGGUGGUGGCCGCCGAUGUAGGGGAUGAUAUGCCGGUUCUCGUCCAGUCUAUCAUCGAGCACGCACAAGAACUCGUUGCCGAGCGUUGCUGCAAUUACAAAGGCAAAAACAAACUACUCGAAGGCGAGCUCUACGUAGAAUGGCUGAUUGAAAUAGAGUACAUCCUCGAUGCCGUCGAGAACAUGCUCGCUGCCAAACUCCACAUUACGCUCGGUCGUGUACUCUUCACUCUGCUCUUCCACCUCAUUGAAGAGUACAUCUCCGCUGUCGACAGCUACCAGGACGGCUGGUCGCACGAUAGGUUCCCUUGGGUCAUGACCCUUGUGGAGGAAGCCAACGCUGCAAACCGCGCAAUCGACCAUCGUUCCAGCGAGGCAGUAGAAACAGCAGAGAGCGUGCUAGACCGGCUGGACAAGAUUUUCGUGCGUGUUAUACGACAGUUUAAGGCGGAGUCGAUGGACUACCGGCGGCUAGCGGGGCUUGUUGGGAUGAAGGAGGAUGCGAUUGCCCGGUCUUGUUGUCUGUUGAGUGAACAGACUGGAUUCGGUGACGCGGAUGAGAUGGGCUUCGAGUUGCUUUCUGAGAGCCGCGAAGCCAUGACGAAGUGGAGAGACCAGGGAAAGUCAAAGGCUAAGCGACGGUCAUCGGGGGAGACGGAGGAAGAUGAUGACUGA